GUGCCCCGGUCUGCCCCACUCUGACACGGUCAGCUGCCCGCACUCACUCUGGGCAGCUCCAAACUCCAAUGUCUUCUCUCUCUCCUUCAAAUGUAACUACAUAAAUGGGAACUUUCCCAUUUGGUCAUCGGCGCCACCAGUUUCCUGCAGCACCACCACCACCGCCACCUCUUGGGAGGGUGGCGCAUGUUAGAGGUGGAGGAGAAGGGGGCUUAAGUGCCACUCAAUAAAGAAAUAGAGAGAGGGAGAGAUGGGUCAGGGGCUGAGCUGUGGAGUGAGUCAUGAGCAUGGCUUGUUCAGUGCGGUUCAGGUUGGGGACUUGGAGUCUGUUGAGUCAUUGUUGGCGAGAGACCCCAGUCUCUUGCAUCAGACUACUGUCUACGAUCGCCACUCUGCUCUUCAUAUCGCCGCUGCUAAUGGUCAGAUCGAGAUUCUUUCCAUGAUUUUGGAUCGAUCUAUUAGUCCCGAUUUGUUGAAUCGCAACAAGCAAACUCCGCUUAUGCUUGCUGCAAUGCACGGAAAGAUUUCAUGUGUCCAAAAGCUCCUUCAAGCAGGCGCCAAUGUUUUGAUGUUUGAUUCGAUGCAUGGUAGAACCUGCUUGCACUACGCGGCCUAUUACGGCCAUUCCGAUUGCCUUCAAGCCAUACUUUCUGCUGCCCAUUCAAACCCUGUGGCUGAUUCGUGGGGAUUUGCAAGGUUUGUAAAUAUAAGAGAUGGCAGGGGAGCAACACCUUUGCAUUUAGCAGCCCGUCAAAGACGGCCCGAUUGCGUUCAUAUUCUGUUAGAUAAUGGAGCUCUUGUUUGUGCUUCCACUGGUGGAUACGGUUGCCCAGGGAGCACUCCACUUCAUUUGGCAGCCAGAGGAGGGUCUCUGGAUUGCAUCAGGGAAUUGCUGGCUUGGGGUGCUGAUCGUCUUCAGAGAGAUUCAUCAGGGAGAAUACCGUACGUGGUUGCUCUUAAGCACAAGCAUGGAGCAUGUGCAGCCUUACUGAAUCCCACAUCAGCAGAGCCUCUUGUUUGGCCAUCUCCCUUGAAGUUCAUCAGUGAGCUUAACCAGGAUGCAAAAGCUCUGCUAGAACAGGCCUUAAUGGAGGCAAACAGGGAGAGGGAGAAGAGCAUCUUAAAGGGAACAUCUUACUCGCUUCCAUCUCCAUCUCAUUCUGAUGUCGCUGUUGACGACAAUAUCUCUGAGGCCAGUGAAACAGAGCUUUGCUGCAUAUGCUUCGAUCAGGUGUGCACAAUUGAAGUCCAAGACUGCGGUCACCAGAUGUGCGCUCAAUGCACACUAGCCCUGUGUUGCCACAACAAGCCGAAUCCCACGACCGCAUGCCUAACUGCCCCAGUUUGCCCCUUCUGUAGAAGCGGCAUUGCACGACUGGCAGUUGCCAAGAUCAAGACCAACAAUGAAGCUGACAGUGACGUUGGCGAUGUCAGCUCCUCCAAGCUGAGAAGAUCAAGAAAGUCCAGAAACUUAAGUGAGGGAAGCAGCAGCUUCAAGGGCUUAUCAGCAGUGGGCUCCUUCAGCAAAAUGGGUGGCCGGGGCUCUGGUAGAAUUGCUGCAGAAAAUGAGUGGAUCGAUAAGCCUUGAUACUGCAUGGCAUUUCCUAACCAAGGAGACCAUCCGGCAAUCAAUAAUUGGCGGCCCUGAUAUCCAAAAAAAAAGGGAGGAAAAUGAAAGAUUCGGGUGCAGGCCCUGGACCCAUUCCGUAUAUAUAGAUAGAGCUCCAUCUGCUAUGUAAAUUUGGGAAAUAAGCAAGAGGUGAGUUGCGGGCGUCGGUUGGUAAGUUUUGGUGAUGUGGGGUCAUAUUAUUGUAAUUCCAUUUCAUUUUUCUUUCUUUCUUUCUUGAGAUUGAAGGAGCAGUGGUGAACUUGAGGGAGAGAAGGGGGGCCUCUUGUUAGUUUACCUGAAUAGUAAGCAUUCUUUUUCUCUUUUCAAAGGAAAAUUCAACAUUCUUCAA